AUGUUUAAUCUAAAAUUCGAUUUAAGCAAGCUCAAAGUCAAUGUCAAGCUUAUAAGCGACUUACUAUUACUCACAGGUGCUAGUUUAUCAGUAUACUAUUUGCUAAACGCAAUAAUCAAUGAGUAUUUAGACAAGGGUAUCAAGAAUAAAGAGUCAGACAAGAGGGGCAAAGGGAUAUUAAAGAAGAUACAGAAUACCAAUCCGCAUCUAAAAAACAUUUCACUUAACCAGUAUGAAAAGACAUUGUUGAGCUCACUUGUAACGCCGGAAGAGAUUUCCGUGUCGUUUGAAGAUAUCGGGGGAUUGCAAGAUAUCAUUGACGAAUUAAGAGAGGCAGUGAUGUUGCCCUUAACUGAUCCGGAAUUGUUUGCAGCUCAUCUGAAUUUAAUUAAGUCACCAAAGGGUGUUCUUUUCUAUGGUCCACCAGGUUGUGGAAAAACCAUGCUUGCCAAAGCAAUCGCAAAAGAGAGCGGCGCUUUCUUUUUAUCAAUAAGAAUGUCCACAGUAAUGGACAAGUGGUAUGGAGAAUCAAACAAGAUAGUUGAUGCAAUUUUUUCAUUGGCAAACAAGUUACAACCCUGUAUCAUUUUCAUUGAUGAAAUAGACUCAUUUUUGAGAGAUAGAUCGUCGAGUGAUCACGAAGUUAGUGCGAUGUUGAAAGCUGAAUUCAUGACGUUAUGGGACGGCUUGAAAUCAAAUGGUCAAAUAAUGGUUUUGGGAGCAACCAAUAGGAAAAACGAUAUUGAUGAAGCCUUUUUGAGAAGGAUGCCAAAGACAUUUGCAAUCGGCAAACCGGAUGUUUCGCAAAGAAGAGCCAUCUUGACGAAAAUAUUGAAGGAGGCAAAAGUUGAUGAGGAAGAGUUUGACUUGGGGUUGAUAGUGGAACUGACUAGAGGCUAUAGUGGGUCCGAUUUGAGGGAAUUGUGCAGAGAGGCGGCCUUGUUACCAGUAAGAGAAUACAUUAAGGAAAAUUACAAUUACAAGAGUGGGAAAUUGAGUCGAGAUGAAAAUGAUGAUUUACCAGUCAGGGCGUUGAGAUCAACUGAUUUUACUAGAAUUAUAUCCACUCCAGCCACCGGUACCAUACCAAGUUUGGCACUUGAUUAG